AAUAUUUAAAAAAAAUGUUAUUUUUAUAAGACAAUACAUAAAUAUGUCAAAAUAAACCUUUUACAAUCGUUAAAAAUCUUUAUUUAUACCUUAAUCGCGUCCGUAAACAUCUUCAAUUUCAAAUAAAUUUGCAAGGUCGCGUAAAGUCGAGAGGACUAGGUCCGAAUAAAUUAGCAUACGUCACAUCGUGCAAAAGUCCGUGAGCUCAGCAGCACGCCUUCUAAAAGUUUUGUUUACUUACUGUUUACAUUGUUCGUUGAUAAGAUGUCUUGUAAUAAUGACGAAGAAUAUAACUUAGAAAGCUCAGAAUCGGAUAAUUCUCUUCAUGAAAAAGACUUUACAAAGCUACAGCCAUACGAAUUUGAACUUCUUGUGUCUGACGAGGAAGAAGUUAGUAACGGUGUAGAAAAUGACGAGGUUUCUUUUACUGAUGCAGAGCCACGUACGGGUAAUGCAAAUUGGUGUGAAUGUGGAAAUUGUAGAGCAAUGGAAACCGAUACUGAAAGCGUGUGCUGUGUCGAGUCAAACGAAAUUCCUGAUGAGUUUUUCCAAGGUCAUAAAUGCGUUACAGAAGCUGCUGAUUUUCAAGUGGUUGUUUUGACAAAAGCUGUUUUAGAAACUGCGUUAUCUGCAUUGCAUGAUUUGAGAGGAGACACUUUAGAAUUAAAAAAUGAAUCUUAUCGUUACGCUGGUUAUAAACAGUUCACUUGGUGGAUACACAGUCGAUUGGGAAAAGGGGUGAGAAGAGUGAUUCCUUCUUGUGUAGUAUGGGCAAUUCGAAGAAAAUAUCCGGCAGAAGAUGAAAAAUAUGUUUUAUUCAAAGAAAGUUGAAUAAAAAUAAAAAAAUAAAAAAGUCACGUUUUAAAUCUUGUCCUGAUGGCUUUAAUGGCAUCGCUUUUGUCGGGUUUUUCAACCUCUGUUAUUCUUUCAGCAAUUUCUCCUGUUUGUGGUAACUUAUCUUUUUCGUUGUCGAUUGGUUCCAAAGUAGCCGUCAUUAAUUCUGCUAAAUACGCCUUUUCUUUCUUCUCGGUAAUUUUUUUUAAAUUUCACUUUUAAAACAUCCUUCGUUGGUUGUAUCUCAGGAUGAAUUGCCUCUAAGGGAUCACAUUGUGUUCUAACGGACCUGGUAAAAGUAUUGGCACCAACCGAUUUCUCUACCGUUUCCACAAUUGCACUAACGCCUUGUUCCUUAACCAAUGAAAUUAUUUCUUGUUCAGCGUAUACUUCAAGGUCAACAUCAUCCUCCACACUUAAAGCCUUUGCAACACACUAGAAAAAAAAUGAUCAGAAUAACUUCCAAGAAAAAAGACAGGCACAACUCACAUUUUGGCAAUAGCAUAAAUUUUAAAAACACACUUGUUUUUUAGCGAAAGUUUCCAAUCUUUUUGAUGUCCAUUCUCUUGAAUUUUCAGGCUUACUAAAAGAAAAAAUUGUUGGAACAGCAUCCUCGGUCAGCUGUCUCUUUCUUUUGAUACCAGUAAGUUCAGCCUAAAUAAACAAAGACUAGAAGUAGCGCCGAUGAAAUGAUGCUAAUAAAAUGGGCACAUUUACCCCCUGAAAAUAUUCGGCAGGUCCUUCCAUCAAAAAGCUUCUUUUUUGAAAAACAAAGAAUAGAAACUUACGAGCGCUACGAAAGAUACAUGUCUAACUAGAUAACUUUGUAUUGGAAAUUGGUAUAAUGUUCUUUUAUAAUAUAAAUAUGUAGAAAAUGUUAUUUGGUUGUGUUGUGGAUAUAAGUACAAAUAAUGAAAUGAAGAAGAAAUGAGAAACUUUGAUCGCGUUGACUAGCUAAAAUGGCAUUUUUACGAAGUGGCAAUAUUUUAAUAUGGAAGAUUAUUACCUGGAGAUCCCUUUUAAAAGAACUAUCUGUGAAGUGCGACGAACAAAUAUAAAAACUUCGAUCGCUUGGUAGAUCACCUGUACGACGUAUUUUGUUUAGCCAUUUUUGUCUGAGUUCUUUCUUUUUCACAGACGGGAUUCUGUGAAAACUGACUUCUUUACACUUUUCUGAUCGAUUGGUACAUCCAAACGCAGAGCAACUAACCAUUUUUUAAAGAUUUAAACGUAAUUUACAUACAAAAAGCGAUUUAAAUGUAAGCCCCUCUGGCUUACAUUUAAAUUAACAUGAACGUUCUCUGCGCUCGCUUAAACUUUCUGCACGAUGUGAUGUCAUUGUUUAUAAUCGGGUCCAGUCCUAAAUGAAAUCGCGCCUGUCUGUUUUUUUAUAAGAAAAAAAUUGAAUAUGCGAAGGCUAGUACAACGAUUUUAAAUAAGGAAAACAAGUGAAGUAAGUUUUUUUUGAUUUCUUAUGCUUUUCUGAGUACGUAUAAAACAAAAAAGAAAAAAGUGAUUUUUACUGGAGU